ACAAUUCUCUCUCUAUAAAUCCCAAGUUUAUUUCAACCAACUUUUUCGCUUUGGGUGCUUCCAAAACAGACAGAUCAAGAAAAUGCUGCUCACUGUGAAAACUGCAAGGUUUCUACUCAUCUUUUUCUUGGUUGCUGCAAGUCUUUCAACAGCCUACUUAGUUCAAGGUCGAGACCACUGUACAGAUGAAGAAUGCAACUUUUCUGUCUCAGAAAGAAAGACUACUGAGAACAGGAUGGCGUUUGAUGAUUACUAUUUGAUGAAGGUGGAGAUGAUGGAAGAACAAUUUGAAAGAUCGAAAUAUACAAGAAAAUCAAGAAUGAUGAUGCCUAAAGAAAAUUAUCGAGCUAGUUUUGUGGCGUUCAAUGCAGAUUAUAAAGGGCCUAGGCGUCAUCCACCUAAGAAUAACUAAGCAAGAAAGAAAGAAAAAACUUCUUCUUCUUCUUCUUCUUCUUCUAUUUUUGCUCUUCUUUACUUAUAUAUUUUGAACUUGUUUUUUACUAUAACUAAGUAUUCUCCUAAUUUAGGAAGUUAACUUCUAGUUUGUCAAUGUCGUACGUCUACGUUGUACAAUGUACACUUCUAUAUAUGUAAGGUGCUUAUUAUAUAUCAUGCAAUAAAUAAAAAUUUUGUUGUGGGCUUUGCUAA